CGUGGCAGUGGCCUGGGUCUCCGCCGCAGACGGUGCCGCUGCCGCCGCCGCCUCAGUCAGUCAGUCAGUCCCCAGCAAUGGCGGAAGGAGGUGAGCGACAGGAGCUGGUCUCGCUGCUGCCGGUCUCCCCAGCCAAGCGGCUGUGCUCGUGGCCCAGUCCGCAGGCUCACCACCCUCGCGGUUCGCCCGGGGCGGCCAGCGGCGGGGCGAGGGGCGUCAGUGGCAGCAGCGUGCCCCCCGGGGCCCGCCCCCACCUGCAGCCAGAGUCCUUGCUGGACUGCGCCGCCAAGACGGUGGCGGAAAAGUGGGCGUACGAGCGGGUAGAGGAGCGCUUCGAGCGGAUCCCGGAGCCCGUGCAGCGCCGCAUCGUCUACUGGUCUUUCCCGCGGAAUGAGCGGGAGAUCUGCAUGUACUCCAGCUUCCAGUACCGGAGCGGCUCCGGCGCGGCUGGCGGCGCCGCAGGGGCUUCGCCAAUCGAGGAGGGGCCGCCGCUGCCCCCCGGGGCCGCCGCUCCGGUCGGCUCCGCCCCCGGGGCCGCCGCGGCUGGGGUGUCCCCGGGGCUGGGCGCUGGUGCCGGCGCGGCCGGUGGCGGCGGUGAAGGACUGCCCUUCCGCCGGGGCAUCCGCCUGCUGGACAGCGGCUCCGUGGAGAACGUGCUGCAAGUCGGCUUCCAUCUGAGUGGCACAGUAACUGAGCUGGCUACUGCCUCUGAACCAGCAAUGACUUACAAAGUUGCAAUCAGUUUUGAUCGAUGCAAAAUCACUUCAGUGUCAUGUGGCUGUGGGAACAAGGACAUAUUCUACUGUGCUCAUGUGGUAGCACUCUCACUCUACAGGAUCCGUAAGCCAGACCAAGUCAAACUGCGUCUUCCUAUCUCAGAAACCCUUUUCCAGAUGAAUAGGGACCAGCUACAAAAGUUUAUUCAAUAUUUAAUCACAGCACACCACACUGAAGUUCUUCCUACUGCACAGAAACUGGCAGAUGAGAUUCUGUCCUCCAACUCAGAAAUCAACCAAGUGCACGGUGCCCCUGACCCUACAGCUGGGGCCAGCAUUGACGAUGAGAACUGUUGGCAUUUGGAUGAAGAACAAGUGAAAGAACAAGUGAAGCUCUUUCUUUCCCAUGGGGGUUACUAUGGUUCUGGAAAGCAACUCAACUCAAUGUUUGCCAAGGUUCGAGAGAUGCUACGGAUGAGAGAUUCUAAUGGAGCCAGGAUGCUGACACUAAUAACUGAGCAGUUUAUGGCUGACCCACGACUCACACUCUGGAGACAGCAAGGAACAAGCAUGACAGACAAAUGCAGACAGCUCUGGGAUGAACUAGGUGCCUUAUGGGUGUGCAUCAUUUUAAAUCCACACUGCAAACUGGAGGAAAAAUCCUGUUGGCUGCAGCAACUGCAGAGGUGGAAUGACCUGGACGUCUGUCCCCUGGAAGAUGGGAACUAUGGACAUGAGCUACCCAACAUCACCAAUGCACUUCCCCAGAAUGCCAGUCACAGCCCAGACUCCUUAUCCAGACCAAGACGAACAGUGUUCACUAGAGCCAUCGAGGGCCGUGAAUUGCAUUGGCAGGACAGCCACUUACAGCGAAUAAUCAGCAGCGAUAUGUAUAUAGCUCCUGCCUGCCAGCGGGAAAACGAGAGACUGCUCUUUAAUUCCCAAGGCCAGCCCUUGUGGCUUGAGCAUGUACCUACAGCCUGUGCCCGGGUUGAUGCCCUGCGUUCCCAUGGUUAUCCAAAAGAGGCCCUCAGACUCACAGUCGCCAUUAUCAAUACUUUGAGGUUGCAGCAACAGCGGCAGCUGGAAAUCUACAAGCAUCAGAAGAAAGAACUGUUGCAGAGAGGAACCACAACCAUCACAAACCUGGAGGGCUGGGUGGGCCACCCCCUGGACCCCAUUGGCUGCCUAUUUCUCACUUUGACUGAGGCCUGCCGCCUGAAUGAUGAUGGCUAUCUGGAAGUAUCAGAUGUAAGUGAAAGCAGACCUCCUGUGUACCAGCAUGUACCUGUGGCUGCAGGCUGCCCAAACAACAGUGAGUCCUACCUGUCAUUAGCCCUGGAAGUUGCUCUGAUGGGGAUGGGUCAACAGAGGGUGAUGCCUGAAGGCCUCUACGCACAGGACAAGGUGUGCCGCAAUGAGGAGCAGCUCCUGAGUCGACUGCAGGAGCUGCAGCUGGAUGAUGAGCUAGUGCAAACACUGCAGAAACAAUGCAUCUUACUGCUGGAAGGAGGCCCCUUCAGCGGUCUGGGAGAAGUCAUCCACCGAGAGAGUGUGCCUAUGCAUACCUUUGCCAAGUAUUUGUUCUCAGCUCUUCUGCCUCAUGAUCCAGACCUGUCCUAUAAAUUAGCCUUACGUGCCAUGAGGUUACCUGUUCUAGAAAACUCAGCUUCUACAGGUGACAGUUCCCACCCUCAUCAUAUGGUGUCUGUGGUGCCCAGCCGUUAUCCUCGCUGGUUCACGCUUGGACAUUUGGAAUCACAGCAGUGUGAACUGGCCUCCACCAUGCUGACUGCUGCCAAAGGGGACACUCUGAGGCUCCGAACAAUCCUGGAAGCAGUACAGAAGCACAUCCAUUCUUCCUCCCUCAUCUUCAAACUGGCCCAAGAUGCAUUCAAGAUUGCAACUCCCACGGACAGUAGUACCGAUAGCACCCUGCUCAACGUGGCCCUGGAGCUGGGGUUACAGGUGAUGCGGAUGACCUUAUCAACCCUCAACUGGAGACGUCGGGAGAUGGUACGAUGGUUGGUGACAUGUGCUACAGAAGUGGGUGUGCGGGCCCUCGUGAGCAUCUUGCAGAGCUGGUACACACUCUUCACUCCCACCGAGGCUACUAGUAUUGUGGCUGCCACCGCCGUGUCUCACACCACUAUCCUGCGCCUAAGUCUCGACUAUCCACAACGAGAGGAGCUGGCUAGCUGUGCUCGCACGCUGGCCCUGCAGUGUGCCAUGAAGGAUCCACAGAGUUGUGCCCUGUCAGCCCUUACGCUCUGUGAGAAGGACCACAUUGCCUUUGAGGCAGCCUACCAGAUCGCCAUUGAUGCCGCCGCUGGCGGCAUGACCCACUCACAGCUGUUCACCAUCGCCCGCUACAUGGAGCUCCGUGGCUACCCACUACGUGCCUUCAAACUGGCCUCACUGGCCAUGAACCAUCUCAACCUGGCCUACAACCAGGACACCCACCCAGCCAUCAAUGAUGUGCUCUGGGCAUGCGCUCUCAGCCAUUCUCUGGGCAAGAAUGAGCUAGCAGCCCUCAUCCCCCUGGUGGUGAAGAGUGUGCACUGCGCCACAGUGCUUUCAGACAUCCUGCGUCGCUGCACAGUGACAGCUCCUGGCCUGGCUGGCAUCCCAGGCCGCCGCAGCUCUGGAAAGCUCAUGUCCACUGACAAAGCUCCCCUGCGCCAACUGCUGGACGCCACCAUCAACGCCUAUAUCAACACCACACACUCACGCCUGACACACAUCAGUCCCCGCCACUAUGGAGAGUUCAUUGAGUUUCUGAGCAAGGCUCGGGAAACCUUCUUACUACCCCAGGAUGGCCACCUGCAGUUUGCCCAGUUCAUCGACAACCUCAAGCAGAUAUACAAAGGCAAGAAGAAGCUGAUGCUGCUGGUACGAGAGCGCUUUGGCUAAGAAAACAGACAGCUCACUGCUAGGGCAGGCUGGACUCCCAGGUACUGUCAGGCGAGGCCAAGGACACAAAGAUUUGUCUACCCUGAGAGGACUCUGAGCACCUGUGGCUGAAGCUAAAGGACCACAGCGCUAAAGAUGGGGAGAGUCCAACUCUAGCUAAUAAACCUGCCUUGGCAAAGUUCUCACUACAGCCCACUGUUCUGGAGGAGCAGGCCCUGCAGAUCGAUCAGAAACCCUACAACAUGCCACCUCACAUCCCUAAAUCCUGUGUGUCCUAGGCACUGGUCCUCUCUCUUCUGGCAAAUACAGAAUACUGUUCCGUCUCAGGGAUUGCUUAACCAGAGAAACAGAAGCAUUUAUGGUAUUGUAAAUACUAUACUAUAUGUGUUGCCAAUUACAUUGUAAAGUUGUAACUAUUUAUAAUUCUGGUUCUAAUUUGAUGGACACUUGAAGUAGCUGUGAAUGGGAUGAUAGGCUGAUUGAAUGGAGGUCUUUUAUUUUCUGAAGAGACUCACAACCAUUUCUCAGGUUUCUUUUGCUGAGUGUAUGUUGUCAGCAGUGGAAGAGUAUGGUUGGCAGGGAGAGAAAUGGCCAGUUAGAAUAAAUCUCAAGUCUAGUCUAUGCAGAAACCCCAGCCUGCAGAUGAGGCCUCUAUAGCCCAGUGGUGAGUGAGGGGCAGAGGCCAGGACAGAACUUAGAAUUUGCCUCAUUAAGCUAUGAUGACCCUGAGGCUCCUGAUCCUGCCUCACAUGGCCUCUCCAGGAGCCUGCUGAGCUCCUGAAAAAUAAUUAAGGAAGAAGAUGAGGGUCUGGGAAGUCAUUGAUCUUAUAAUGUACAUCUACUCUGCUCACCUUAGUGUUAGAGAGUCUGGUUUCAUCUCUAAUUAUGUAUGUAUGCGUGUAUCUGUAUGGCUAAAUACAUGUGUCUGUGCAUAGAUACAUCUGUGCAUGCUUGUCUAUAUGUAUACAUCUAUAUGUAUCUGUCAGUUCUGCACGUGUGUACAUGCCUGUACACGUACACGUCUGCCGGGCUGUGGGUUUCUGUGUGCAUAUACACAUUUACAUACAUGUGUGAAUAUAUGAACACAAGUGUGUAUGUGUCUAUGCAUGUUUAGUAUCUAAUCACACAUGAAUGCAUGUUUGUGUCUCUGUGUGUGCCUGCUAUCCAUGGAUCUCUCUUUAUGUGUAACUGUGUAUAUUUCUACAUGGAGGUAUGCCUGUGCACUCAUGUGUUUGAGGAUCUGCAUGAACAUGUCCCUUCUCUCUUUGCCAGAUUUCUCUUCCCUAUUCCUCUCUUAAGUCUCUCUUACCAGCUGAACAUGUUCCUAAUCUGUGUGCCCCCUCUAUUCACCAUUCUCUCAUGAAACAAGCUUCCAAGCACAGUCUCUUUUGGCCCUAAGACUGACUACUUGAGCUCCACGGUUCUCUUCUUGCUCCACAUCCUUGCUUUCUUUCCCUGCCUUUCUACCUCAAGCUUCCUCUGCCUGCUAUUGUCAUAGACCAUGUGGUUGCUGAUAUGGAGGCUGGGGCUGGAAUGCAUUUGGCCUUUCCCUUUCUGACUAAUUUCUAGCCCUACCAGACAACCCGUUUUAGCCCUGGCUGACUUCCACAGUAUAUCAUGCUCCUGCUGCCUUCCUGUCCCCUCUUGUCAGCCUGGAAUUAUAGGAGGUAGCAAAGGGUAUUCAGAAGUCAUUUGGAUACCAGUGUCUUGGUGUUUACUGUUUCAUGUCUUAGUUCCUGAGUGGGGGUGGGGUGGGAUGUGGUAGGGAAGGGUUGGUAUAGCUAGAGUGUGAACUAAGGUCCUCCU